AUGAUCAAGCAAUUCAUACUAGAAACGGCAUCCAUUAGCCAGCUAUUUUCACAUCAAAUUAUUUGGAAUAUGCAUGCCAAUUAUUAUAUCGACGAGCAGGCCACCAAGGCUGAUCCCUUAAAGUCAACCUUUGAGCAAAUCACGCAAGAAAUCGUCGAUAAAAUGCAUGAAGAAGAGAAAAGGUUUUACGAAAGAGAAUUCAAUUUCUUUGAAAAAGUUACCUCGAUCUCUGGCACUUUAAAGCCAUUGGUAAAAAAGGCUAAAGAAGAAAAAAAGGCAAAAAUCGAUGAAGAAAUGAGCAAAAUUACCGUAGAUCCCGGUGUUUAUUUGCCAUCUUCGCCGGAAUAUAGACUGGUUGAUAUUUAUCCCAAGUCCGGAAGGCCUCUUCAGUCGCAUGCUAAGGCUCCCUUUAUGGCAACGUUCAAAGUGGAAAUCGAGUCGGAAAACGACAAGUCACAGAUGAUAACUGUUGACAAAUCGGUUAUUUUCAAAGUUGGAGAUGACUGUCGCCAGGAUGUUUUAGCUUUGCAAAUCAUUCGACUUGCCAAUGAAGUUUUCAAGGAAGCACAUCUUGGGUUGUUUCUUUAUCCGUACAGGGUCAUUGCUACCAAUCCAGGGUGUGGAAUUAUCGAGGUCAUUCCCAACUCCAUUUCAAGAGAUCAACUGGGAAGAGAGCAAAUAAAUAGUCUUUAUGACUAUUUUGUGCUGAAAUUCGGGCCUGAAGGAACGAUCUCCUUUGCCAAGGAAGUGUUUUAUUCAAAGUCUUGCUGCAUAUUCAAUUGUUUCCUACCUUUUGGCCAUCAAAGAUCGGCACAAUGGAAAUAUCAUGGUCGACGAUUCUGGCCACAUAAUCCAUAUUGGUAUGUCAGCGUUUUCAUCCAAUUGCUAGACUUUGGGUACAUUCUCGACAUCUCGCCUGGAGGAAUCAAUUUCGAAUCCGUUCCGUUUAAACUAACAAAGGAGAUGCUACAAUUGCUGGGAAACAGCACCGAUUCUCCCUACUAUCUGGAAUUUAAAGAGCUGUGUAUCAAAGCAUUCCUUUCUUUGCGCCCAUAUGCUGAUGAAUUUGUCCAAGUUGCAGCCUUGAUGUUGGAAAGUGGCCUACCUUGUUUUAAAUAUGGACCAUCAAGUAUAGCUAGGUUCAAGUCAAGAUUCAAGGUUGACCUUUCCCUGUCCGAUGCAAAGGCUUAUAUAGCACACGCACAAAAAUGUAUGAUGAAUUUCAGCGUCAAACAAACUCAAUCCCGUAUUGAGUUGAUGGAGCCAAUAAAUUUUGGAAUGUUUAUUUAA